AGUGGAUACAUCAGCUCAAUACUUCUCAUGAUUUGUGGGGAAGGAUUUUUUUUUUUCAGUGGAAAAGUGGAGUUUUGUAUCUCUCCUCGGGUGUCGCUCCUCUCUUCCAUCCUGCCCUCCUGCAUUUUUUUUUUCCUCAGCUGAAAGAGAAAGGCUUGGAGAGAGCCCGGCUUAAACUGAACAAGACUCCUGUGGGCUGAUUGCACUCAACCUAAGAACACCGAGACGCGAAACGAUAUACACACGAUUCAGAGACAGGCGACAGAGAGAAAAUGUGAAGAUCUUUAGCUGCCACGGUGUUUUGGAGCAGUUAACAGUAACCGGGAAAGAUGGCGAGGACACAGACUCGCGUGUUCCUCGCUUUGGCUUUGCUGGGAAUUUUCUUUCUCGAUGUCUCGGUGAAAGGGGAGCAACAGGAGGAGGAGGAGGAGAGGUCCUGUCAGGGCGCCUUCGACCUCUAUUUUGUCCUGGACAAAUCUGGAAGUGUGAAGAAUCACUGGAUAGAGAUUUACUCCUUUGUGGAGCAGUUGGCAGAGAAGUUUAUCAGCCCCAUGCUGAGAAUGUCCUUCAUAGUCUUCUCCACGCGGGGAAACAUCAUUAUGAAACUGACCGAGAACAGGGAGGCCAUUACCGCAGGCUUAACGUCUCUGAGAAGGGUUAUCCCCGGAGGAGACACAUUUAUGAACUUGGGCCUAGAGAUGGCCAAUAUGCAGAUAUAUCAAGAGAAGCACGGGACAGCCAGUGUUAUCAUCGCUCUGACUGACGGCGAACUGAAUGAGUGGCAGUUUGAUACAGCUCAGCGAGAGGCGCAGAGGGCCAGGUCUAUGGGAGCCAUUGUUUACUGUGUAGGGGUCAAAGAUUUCAACCAGACCCAGCUCGCAACUAUUGCAGACACUAUGGAACAUGUGUUUCCUGUAUGGGGAGGCUUCCAGGCCCUCAGGGGAAUCAUUGACUCGAUCAUCAAGAGGUCCUGUAUUGAGAUUCUAGCAGCAGAGCCGUCCAGUGUGUGUGCAGGAGAGAGUUUCCAGGUGGUGGUGAGAGGCAAUGGUUUUCUCCAUGCCAGGAACAUCAAUCAGGUCCUCUGCAGCUUCAAACUGAAUGAUACACACACUCUGGAUGAGAGACCAGCUGGAAUAGAGGAUACCUUCCUGCUCUGUCCUGCUCCUGUUGUAGAGGAGGUUGGGAGGGUGAUCUACCUGCAGGUGAGCAUGAACGAGGGCCUCUCCUACAUCACCAGCUCCGUUCACAUCACUACUACUGAAUGUUUUGACGGCACCAUCGUGCUAAUAUCGUUGCUGGUGGUGUUCCUGCUGUUGGCUCUGCUGCUGAUGUGGUGGUUCUGGCCUCUCUGCUGCACGGUGGUAAUCAAAGAACCUCCACCACCUCCACCUCCAGAGCCAGAAUCGGACGAUGAAGAUGGGAUGCCAAAGAAGAGGUGGCCCACAGUGGAUGCAUCUUACUAUGGAGGAAGAGGAGUGGGCGGCAUCAAACGCAUGGAGGUGCGAUGGGGGGAAAAGGGGUCCACAGAGGAAGGUGCUAAGCUGGACAAACCUAAAAAUGCAGUUGUAAAAAUGCCAGAGCAGGAAUUUGAACCUUAUGAGCCCAAACCUCGAAAACCUCCCCGUCGCCCCCCACAGCAGAGGAGGUGGUACACACCCAUUAAGGGGAAGCUAGAUGCUCUGUGGGCUCUGUUCAGGAGGGGUUACGACCAGGUAUCUCUGAUGAGACCGCAGCCUGGAGACCAGGGUCGCUGUAUUCAUUUCCAACGGGUCAAAGAUGGGGACUCCAACCCAAACAACCAGGCUCCUCCUCGCACACAUCACUCUCCCUCGCCUCCUCCUCCUCCGCCCGCUGAGCAGCGACCUCUGGUCACUAAUUCUGUGCCCCGUACAAAGCCUCCAUCAAGAGGGCCCCGCACAACGCCACCCUCCCGCGCACCCCCUUCCAUGGUCAGUCCCCCUCCAGGUCCGCCCCCAGCCCGUGCACCCCCUGGGCCUCCAGGACCCCCGCCAUCUCGACCCCCACCAAGGCUCUGAUGAUCCAAGAGUUUGCCUCCAAUAAACAACUGGUACAUCAACUCAUUCCAGAAAAAAAAAUGUCCUCCUUUCACUCUAAAGACUCAGAGACAGCAGAGAGGCGUAGAAUCUUACAAGCCAGGAGCUCUAACCUGAAGCUCUGUGCUUUGUUGCUGGACAGCAAAAAAAAAAAAAAUAUUUAUCUAAUAUCAAAAUCAGCUACUGAGUUUCAUCAAGAUAACAUUUCUAUUAAAAACAAAAACAAAACACAAACAUUAUAGAAAAAAACAAGCAUGUAGUUACUUGAUUAAGCCUGUAUGUACAGUAUUAGAGGUCAUGUGGAUUUAAGUGUUCAGAGUAAGUGCAAUCCUUUCUGGAAAUACUGCAGAAAGGAUUUAAGUGUUGUUGAAAGUUAGUUUGUGACAGCUUGUGUAUGAAUGGUGAUGACGAUAAAUACACCUGUGUACUUUCGUUUUUUGCAGAGAAUAAUCACGUUGAGCGGGGAUGCUGUGAUAAAUACAGCACGUAGUGAAAGGUGGUCGCAAUGUUGGUGAUGUUGGCUUUGGUUUUUUAAAUGUUCACUAUCUUAGGUUGCUACAAAUCACACUGAUGCAUUUUACCUUUUCAGCCAAAGAAACUUAUUCCCACAUCGUAGUUAAAAUUUAGUGUAAAAGUUCAGUGAUCUUAUGGCAACUGCAGGGCAGUUUCUUCAUAUUUUAUUUAUUUUAAUAAAGGCCCUGUCUGCAUCUGUUUUCUGUUUAGUAUCAGGUGGAUGUCUAGGUUUUCAGGUCUUUGAGGAAGGGGGAACACCUGGGUGGAUAUAAGGAAACCCUCUUGCAUGGCAUCUGAUGUGUUUGUGGUCUUGUUAACACUUUCAAGCGAAAGAUUGUGUUGAAAAUGAGCAUCUUCAGGAUUCUCCUGUGUUCUGCUUUUACUGACUGAAAUGAUCAUUUGCAUUAUUUCUUUAUUAACAACUUUUUGUGACUGUCUUCAAUAAACAAGAUGUUUUUUA